AUGUUAUUACCGAAAUUAUUAAAUGGGGCUACAAAAUCCUUGCUAACCAAUGGCCAGAUCUUGAGAACACCCAAAUUCGUGCCGGUUUAUAACAAAUUUUACGCAACAAAAUCCAAAGAGAGCAAUGAUGGAGGUGAAACAGUAACUAUUGGUGAUGUAACCAAAGCGAUAAAACCUCCCAGGAAUCCAGAGCUGGUGCCCCAGAAAUACAUUCAGUAUGCCGAAGAUGGCACCAUGGAGCUUACACAAUCCGCUCUACACCAUCUAAGAUGGAUGCUGCAAAAAGAUUCCUUAAAGCAAGACAUGUUCCUUUUGGGUCAGCCCGGGGCUUUAAGACGCCAACUGGCCAUGCAAUUCUUGGAGUUAACUCAACGUGAAUUGGAAUACAUAGCCUUGAGCAGAGAUACCACAGAAAGUGAUCUCAAGCAGAGGCGUGAAAUUAAAAACAAAGCUGCAAUAUACUACGAUCAGUGUGCGGUGCGGGCUGCUGUUAAUGGUCGUAUUUUAGUUUUAGAUGGUGUUGAGCAUGCCGAGCGCAAUGUUUUGCCUAUUCUCAACAAUCUAUUGGAGAAUCGUGAAAUGCAUUUGGAAAAUGGUAAAUUUUUAAUGGCCCCUGAGCGUUACGAUAAGCUUUUGAAGACUUACUCCAAAGAGGAAUUGGAUUCGUGGGGCUUGUUGAGAGUUUCUGAAGAUUUUCGUGUAGUAGCCCUUGGAUGCCCUACUCAAAAAUAUAAGGGCACACCUUUGGAUCCACCUUUACGUUCACGUUUCCAGUCACGCAAUGUUUCACAUUUUUCAUUUGAGGAAAUGAUUGUCGAUUUAAGAACGAAAGCCCCCAAUGUUCCCGUUGAGAAUCUCAAAGCUUUGCUCUCCUUUGGAUUGGCCAUACAAUCGGCAGAUUCCUCGGUGAACUUACCAGAUUUUCCUUUAGAUAAUUUGCAUAUGGUAGCUAAAAUGAUGAAUUCCAAUCCCCAUCUUACGACCUACGAUGCCCUUAAUCGCCUCUAUCCUUAUCGCAGCUCCUUAAAGAAGGAACAACAGGAUCGUAUUCGUAACCUCUUGAAAUCUUUCGAUAUCGACAUGAAGACCACAAAGGCAGUCAAGAAAAUUGCCAAUCAAAAAGAUGCCUCUGCCCACAGCAUGGUGCAAUUCCAAAUAGAUGAUGUCACAGUGCAAGUGCCCGGAGGUCAGCGAGUUGGUGUUACACAAAAACAAAAGGAAUUUGUUGAUUUGGAACAUCAACGCAAUAUUUUGGCCCAAAUGAUACAAGCCAUAGCCGUGGGUGAUAUAUGCUUGUUGGGCCAGAAAGGUGUGGGCAAGAAUACUCUGACACAACAUUUAAUGCAGCGCCUACAACAGUCGCUGGAGCCCAUGGUUUUGUAUGAGGAUAUGACAUCUAGAGAUUUGGUGCAACAGCGCAUAACCACUCAAGAGGGGGAUACGGUGUGGCGGGAUUCUCCCGUUGUGAGGGCUGCCAAGAGCGGCUCCAUAGCUCUGCUGAAUGGCAUCAAUCGUUUGCAUAAAAGCUCCAUUGCAGUGUUGCAACGCCUAAUACACGAUCGUGAGUUGCAAUUGUGUGAUGGCACCACCCUCUUGGGUGGGGAACGCUAUGAGGCUUUGCUGCAACAAGGCCAUACAAAACUGGAAUUGGCCGAGAAAGGCAUUUCAAAGAUUCACGAUAGCUUUAGAAUCAUAGCUUUGGCCGAACCUCCCAACCCUAAUUCUCCCACCCAAAACUGGUUGACUCCGGAGAUGAUGAGUUUGUUUUUAUUUCUGGAAGUACGUCCCCUGCAUCAAUCGGAAGAGUUUACGAUUAUGAACAAACUUUAUGGCAGCAUUGAUGACAACAUUCACAAGGUGAUAGAGCUGUCGCACAUUCUAAGAGAGUCAUCGGAUGCCACUUUACAAAAUCUUUCGGGCACUUUAUCCACCCGGCAAUUGUUGAAGAUAGCCCGCAGAAUGUCCUCGUAUCCCACCGAUGUACAUGAGAUCAUACAAAACACUUUUCUUAUGAAAUUUAUGCCCGCCCUGCCCAGAGCUGCUUUGGAGAACGCCAUGCGACAAGCCGGCAUUGAACCGGAGACCUCCAGAGAAGCAGGUCGUCGCAAGAUAACUGUGGAAAAUAAUCUCUUAAAAAUUGGCCAUACUGAAAUGAAACUGGAGAAGGCCUCAGAGGAAUCCAAAGUACCCAGCACUUUGUUCUAUGAAAUGCCUCAGCAUGUGGCUUUAUUGGAACGCCUUUUGCAAGAUUUUCUCAUUGGUGAUCAUCUGUUGUUGGUGGGCAAUCAAGGAGUGGGCAAGAACAAGUUGAUUGACAAACUUUUGCAGCUGAUGAAUAAGUCAAGGGAAUAUCUGCAGCUGCAUCGUGAUACCACUGUGCACAGUUUGACUGUGCAAUCUACCCUGAAGGAUGGUCAAGUGGUUUACGAGGACAGUCCCUUGGUAAAGGCUGUGAAAUCUGGUCAUCUGUUGGUUAUUGAUGAGGCCGACAAGGCUCCUGUCAAUGUCACCUGCAUUCUGCGCACUCUGGUGGAAAGUGGUGAAAUGAUGCUUUCCGAUGGUCGCAAAAUUGUGGCUCCUGGAGAUAAGAAGGCAGCUUUGGAGGAGAAUCCUGCCCAAGAAAUUAUUGAGACACAUCCCAACUUCCGUUGCAUAGUCUUGGCCAAUCGUCCUGGUUUCCCCUUUUUGGGCAAUGAUUUCUUUGCCUCCCUGGGAGAUGUUUUCAGUUGUCAUGCGGUGGAUAAUCCUUCACCGGACUCAGAAAUAUUCCUUUUACAACAGUAUGGGCCCUCGGUACCCAAGAAAACUUUGGCCACUUUGGUUAAUGCUUUUGGAGAACUGCGACAAAUGGCCGAUGAGGGCCUGCUCAACUACCCCUACUCCACCAGAGAGGUGGUGAACAUUGUCAAGCAUUUGGAGAAAUACCCAGAGGAGAAUAUGUCGGAGCUUGUGGGCAAUGUCUUGGACUUUGAUAGAUAUCAACCAGAGGCUUUGGAGCAAGUGACACAGGUCUUGGCCAAACACGGUCUCCCCAUAGAGGCCUAUGCCCGCAACGAAUUGUUUGCCUUGAGAAAAAAGAAAGAAAUGAAAGCCACUGUUAAUCGUAAAAGUGGCCUGGGUGUCUCAGGACCCAAGUACGGCAAAGUCGAUCCCAAGAAUGAACCCCAUGUUGGUGGCAAUACCUGGGCUGGAGGCAGUGGUGGUCGUGACACUGCCGGCCUGGGAGGCAAAGGCGGGCCUUUUCGUUUAGAUGCUGGUCAUCAAGUUCAUCAGCUGUCGGAUGAAGAGAAGAAUGACAUACCCGAGGAGGUUAAGAAGGCCGCUCGAGAAAUGAAUCGCAAAGCUUUCGAGGAGAAACUCAAGGAGAUUAAAAUGUCGGCCCAUGAUCAUCAGCUAUAUGCUCAAUUCAGCGAACCCAUACGCAAGCAAGUGCAGCAGCUCAAGGCCAUAUUGGAUGCCAUGCAGACUAAGAGCAAGGAAAGGCAAUGGCAAAAGUAUCAAACCCAUGGCGAAUUGGAUGACACCCGACUCAUAGAGGGUAUUACGGGUGAAAAGAACAUAUAUAGGCGCAGAGCCGAAGCAAAUCCCUGGGCCGAUCACAUACAAGAGAAACCCAAUCGCUUGAAACUGGUGGUGGAUGUUUCGGGUUCCAUGUAUCGCUUCAAUGGCUACGAUGGUCGUUUGGAUCGUGAACUGGAAGCUGUAGUCAUGGUUAUGGAGGCUUUAGAGGGCUAUGACAAGAAGGUGGUAUACGAUAUUGUAGGCCACAGUGGUGAGGGCUACGAAAUACCCUUCGUGGUUAGCGGUAGUCCCCCCAAAAACGACAAAGAGCGUUUCGAGACCAUACGAAUGAUGCAUGCCCACUCGCAGUUCUGCUGGUCGGGCGACAGCACAGUGAAAGCUGCCAAAGAGGCUGUCAACACCUUGGCCGAGGAAGACUAUGACAAUUCUAUUGUUAUUGUCUUGAGUGAUGCGAAUUUAAGUCGCUAUGGCAUACAGCCCAAAGAUUUUGCCAAAGCCUUGAUGAAUGGUGAGCCCAAGGUGAAAGGUCAUGUGAUAUUUAUAGGCAGUUUGGCCGAGGAGGCUGAUAUCAUAAAUUCCCAAAUGCCCGCUGGCCACAGCUAUGUAUGCAUGGAUGUCUCCACAUUGCCGCAAAUCCUGAAGCAGAUUUUCACUUCCUCCUUAUUGUGAUAGAAACGAAAUGAAGUACCUACCAAAAACAAAA